AUGUCCGCGGUCGCUCUGGGCUAUCCUCUGCCUACGUUGCUAAACUGGGACGGCGAAUUUAACCGCCCGGAGUGGCACUUUGCAGGAAGCCACAUUGCAAAACUCGAGAGCUUGCUCGCCGUGAUUGAGGAAACACUGGGCGGAGCCCAAGUCGAUGGAGGCGCCGACGACGAUGACCUGGCAGUUCUUGUUGAUGCGUAUGAUAUAUGGUUCCAGCUACCCCCCUCGGUGCUCAUCCAGCGAUACCAUCAGCUCAACAACGAGGCCAACGAGCGGCUACGCAAAGAGUGGCAAGCAGCACAAAAGGAUCCAGCUUCUGCCUUUCCAGUAUCACCUCCGAAACAAUCCAUCAUCGUCACCACUGCCAAGGAUUGCCAGCCGGACAGCGAAUCCGGCUCCGACCCUCACUAUGACCACUGGCCGCAGUCUCCCAUGCCAAGAGAUCUAUAUGGAGAGGGCACCGACCAAGUUCUGCCUCUCCUCUUCGACCCAGCCCGCAAAUACAAAAAGAUCCGGCCCCGUUGCAUCAACAGCGGCAUGAUCAUAGGCACCAUGCGCUCCCUCCGCCAAGUCCUCAGGCGCUGCAAGCGCAAAAUCGAGACCGUCGCCCGCAGCGGCCGCCAGCUCUGGAGCGAUCAGGCCUUGCUUGGCGAGGUCAUUGGCGACCAGGAGAUGUGGCGCGAGUGGAUGCGAGAACUGGGCAGCUCGUGGGACGGUAGCGGUUCAAAGUACGACUUAUCGACGCUCAGCCCCGAAGUUCGCGAUAUUGCUGCAAAGGCCCUCGUGGGCGAGCAGUUUGAGUUUGGAAUUGGACUGGAUUACAAUUUUACGACUAUUCCAGCUACGUGUUCUGCAGAGGAAGAUGGUUACUUUGUCAAACUCGACGACAAGAAGGCUGUGAAGGAACAAUCUCUGAAAGCUGGCGUGCCCAACGGCGCUCGCAUAAGCGGCACCCCAAAGGAAUUGAAACUCGACAAUCCUAUUAAAAGCCCCCUUUCCAAAGUUUCAUGGGGCAAGGUUCCUCUCUAUACCGACUUCUUCUUCGGCGUCGCCCCUGUGGGAAUCCACCACAACGCAUACAUCAACGGCCUCAAGUCCUGGAGAUUGAACAAUUGGUGGUCCAUGAUGUGGUUCUAUCCCCAGCUGCGAGAGCUCGUUUCUGCGCACCUAGAACCACCCCAGAACGAUGAUGACGCAAGACCGCUUCUAAACAUAUCUUCGCAGCAAUAUGGAGGCUCAAACCUGGUCUACUGGCCACCGAGGGCGCAACGCCAGGACAAGCAAGUAACCGUCUUUGAGCUAGCAAAAGAGGAGCACCCAGCUAGACUCAAACCCAUAGAUUGGGACGGUGUCUGCCAAAAGGGAAGCAAGCCGUGGCAUGAGACGCUGUUUGGGGACGGAAAAGGACCGUUGGAAACACGACGGUCCUAA